CUCAACCACCAGCUUCCAUACGUGGCUCAGGACAGUUUGCUGCUACAUCCACUGAGCAAGGAACACUGACAGCAUUUCUCACACCAGCUGUGAAUCCAACAGACAAUAAGAAUGAAGGGCACCAUAAUCAUGUUUUGCCUCAUUGGAGCAGUUCUUGCCAAUCCAAUUUCAUACAGCGCUGUUUUGGAAUCAAAUGAGCUCGACUCAAACUCGACUGAAAGUUUGUCUGUUUCACAAUCAGCUGAAAAUGACACCUCAGAAGUUCAGAGCUCUGAACAGAAUAGCUCAAAUCAAAGUCUGAGCUCAGAAUCAUCAGAAUCCACAUCAGAGGACAAGACUUCAGAGGAAAGCAACAGUCAGUCAGAUGAGGAUGAUUCUAACUCGACUGAAAGUUUGUCUGCUUCACAAUCAGCUGAAAAUGACACCUCAGAGGCUCAGAGCUCUGAAGAAAAUAGCUCAAAUCAAAUUUCAGAGGAGAGUAACAGUCAAUCAGAUGAGGAUGAUGUGUCUGACUCCGUGGAGGAAACCAGAGAUGACAGCAUGGGCAGCGAGGAGAAUGUUCGAAAGGGCCGAGUGUUUGCAAGCGUCAUCAAUGACCUGAGCACAGAGGACAACAGCAGCACAGAGGUCACAGGUCAUCCAGACCACCUGACGCUGGUGGAGAACCCCACCGACAGCAGUGACACCACCAGCGACAGCACAGACACCACUGGAAUUAUUGGCAUGAAUGCCAGUAACAGCAGUGAGAGCACCAGCAGUGAAAGCAACGAGACGAGUGAGACCAGUGACAGCAGUGACGCCAGCAACAGCGCGGAGGACAGCAAUGCCAGCGACAGCGCGGAGGACAGCAAUGCCAGCGACAGCGCAGAGCUGGAGCAAAUCAAAACCCCGGAGUGUGUGAACGGAACUCAGAGCUGUGAAAGCGAGGAGUACUUCUUCCAGGAUAUAGGAGACGAUGCUCAUCACUCAGUGGACCUUCUGAUGGUGCCAGAUGAGGAUGAGAGGGAGUUGCAUCUAAGGAGAUGAUGACAUGCGUCUGUGUAGCUCUAUGUUUCCCACUACGAACUAUAAUAGUAUUAAAUGACCUGUCUGAGGACUUCAGGAUGACACAUUUUGCUCUUACCCAUCGCUUCUGAAUGUUGAUUUUGGCAUUAUAAUGAUACCUGCAGCUGAUUGUUUUAUUGUGUGUGUGAUUAUUACUGGGAUGAUGGUGUAACCUAAGCAUCUACUUUGU